AAAAAGUGAUUAAAAAUUUGGAUUUUUUUUCUUUAUAAGAAUGAAUAAAAAUGGAAAGACGAAUACCAGAGAUUUUCCAUCAACUGGAUAUUAAAUUGAGUGAAAAACCUGGAAUAAAUCAAGAGAUUAUUGUUCACGAUGAUACUGAAGGAUCUGAAAGGGGAAUUUCAAUUCUUGUUGUUGAAGAGGCUGUGGAAAAUAUUGGAUUUGGGAAAUUUAACUUGAAGAUUACACUUAUCGGAAUUUUAAUACACACGAAUGUGAUGCUAAAUCUUUUAAAUUUGGGAUAUAUUUUGUCAUCUACGGUUUGUGAUUUCAAAAUGACAACUACGAAGAAGGGGAUUUUAGCCGUGGCACCCACUGUAGGUACCUGUUUAGGAGCUUUAUGUUGGGGAUUUAUAACAAAUUCGAAAGGAUCCAAAUUAUCUUUAAUAUUCGUGUUAUUUCUUCAUGGCGGCACUGAAAUUUGUCUUUCACUAUUCGUGUACAAUUACUGGUUCUUUUUAUUCUUUAAAAUAAUCAGCGGCUUUGCCGCAAUGGGGGCAAUAAAUUCCAUAUAUACGUACGUUGGACACUUUCAACCAUCGAGUCAUGAAAAAAUAAUUUUCGCCUGCUUGAGUUUUGUCUAUGCAAUUGCCUUAAUGAUUUUGCCACUUUUAGCUUGGGCGAUUAUUCCUUUGAGAUUUGAAUUCAGAAUGGGUAAUUUCUUCUUUGGAUCUUGGAAAUUAUUUGUAUUAGUGACUGCAGUGCCUCUUAAUUUUUUCGCAAUUCUACUUAUUUUCAUGCCUGAAACUCCGCAAUAUUUUGCGAAAAUUGGCCAUUAUAAAGAAUUAUUAAACGUUCUCACGCGAAUGUAUCAGGAAAAUCAUGGAGGUUCCUCUGAGGACUACAUUAAAUUUUUACUACAUUCUGGAAAUGCUGCCAUGGUGGAUUUGGUAAAUCGUUGCCAAUAUUAUUCGACGUUUACAGGAAUGUCUAAAAAAGAUGAGGAUUUAAAUUAUAUGCUAAAUUGUGUUAAAGGACAAGGAGAAAAUGUUUUAAAAGCGCCGUAUUUACGAAGAUUGAUAAUACUCUCAAUAGCCAUGUUUUGCGUAUCUUCAGCAACAUAUUCACUGACCACAUGGUUUCCUGAAAUUAUCCAUAGAUUUUCUCAAUAUGAAAAGUUGAAUAAAAAUGGAACGGUUGAUGACUGUAAUAGUAUUUCGAAAAGUAGACACACUUUCUUUGAUGAGAAUGGAAUUUUCCACGCUGCUUCUUGCAACCAGACAAUAGACACGAGCGUCUAUCGUACUUCAUUUUUAAUGGGUCUUUCGGUAGUAUUUCCUAAUCUCUUGUAUCUUUAUUUUGUCGACAAAUUUGGCUUCCGAUUUAUUGUAGGUGUGUAUUUCUGUGUCGGCCUCCUGGGAACUUUAAGUUUAUUUUUUAUUAAUUCCUUCACUCAAAGUAUAAUACUGGCAUGUAUUUUUAAAGCAGUGAUGUGCACCACUUUAAGCAUUUUAUUUCAAUUUAACGCUGAACUUUUUCCUGACGAUAUUAGACUUUUCACCGGUUCCAUAGCCUCAUUCUGCAGUCGUUUGGGAAUUAUUUUUGGAAAUGGAUUAUUCGCCCAUCUAAUUGAUGAAUACUGCACUGGUUUAAUUGUCGUUGCAGCCUUGCAAUUAUCAUUGGCUAUUAUUUUAUGUGUCACACUGCGAGCCUGAGACUGAGAGUAAAAUGAAAUUGCACUAUUUAUUGGACAAUAUUAACAAUGAAAGUGUAUUUAAAUAAAUAUAUUAUUUAUUUAAAUUUAA